UCCACUCUCUCAUCUGCAGCUUAAGCUCAAACACCUCCUGAACCUCCUUCAGCAUGUCUUUCACCACCAGGUCUCUUGGCGGCGCCCGCAUGGGCGGCGGCAGUUUAGGCAGCCUGAGGAUGUCCUCUGCCUCCUCAGCCAUGUCCAUGUAUGGCGGCGGCCGCAGCGCUGGUGGCGGAGGUGGAGGAGCUGCGUACAGCUUUGGCUUUGGUGGCGGCGCAGGUGGCGGCGCAGGUGGUGGCUUUGCUGCCGGCUUUGGUGGCGGCGCAGGCGGUGCUGACAACAUGAACAUCUCUGCCAACGAGAAAGCCACCAUGCAGAACUUGAACGACCGUCUGGCUACCUAUCUGGAGAAGGUACGCAAACUGGAAACAGCCAAUGCAGAUCUGGAGAAGAAGAUCAGGGAGUUCCUGGAGAAGAAGACCUCUCCAUCUUCCAAAGACUACAGUGCCUUCUAUGCAACUAUCACAGAUCUGCGAGGAAAGAUCCAGGAUGCCACCGUAUUCAACGCUGGAAUCUACCUUAGCAUCGACAACGCUAAGCUGGCUGCUGAUGACUUUAGGACCAAGUAUGAGAAUGAGCUUGGCAUGCGUCAGUCAGUGGAGGGAGACAUCGCUGGGCUCAAACGGGUCUUGGACGAAAUGACAAUGAGCAGAUCAGACCUGGAGAUGCAGAUCGAGGGUCUGAGGGAGGAGCUGAUCUACCUGAAAAAGAACCACGAGGAGGAGCUGAUGGCCUUGCGCACUCAGAUGAGCGGCCAGGUGAAUGUGGAGGUGGAUGCUGCUCCAGGAGAAGACCUGAGCAAGAUCAUGGAGGAGAUGAGGGAGCACUAUGAGGCUGUCGCCGCCAAGAACCGCAAGGAGCUGGAGGCCUGGUUCCAGAGCAAGUCAGACAGCCUCAACAAAGAAGUUGCCCAAAGUACAGAAGUUCUACAGUCAACCAAGUCAGAGAUCUCAGACCUAAAACGGAUGCUGCAGGCGCUGGAGAUUGAGCUGCAAUCACAACACAGCAUGAAAGCUGGUCUGGAAGCAACACUGGCCGAGACCCAGAACGGCUACGCCAUGCGCUUGAGCGGUUUCCAGAUGAACGUUACGCAACUGGAAGAGCAGCUGAUGCAGCUGAGAGCUGACCUAGAACGGCAGAGACAGGAGUACCAGGCACUUCUAGACAUCAAGACCAGGCUGGAGAUGGAGAUCGCAGAGUACAGGAGGCUGCUGGAUGGAGAGUCAGAUAGCAGUUCCUCCUCCACCACCACCACCACCGUUACCUCCACCGCCCCGGUAACCACCACAACCACCAGAUACGUGGUCGUAGAGGAGGUGUUGGUGGAUGGAAAGGUGGUGAGCACAUCGACACAGGAGGCCUAGAGGAGUCCAGCAGGGGGUGCUGUCUCAGAAACAAACACAGAAACCAAAUAUUUCUCUGGUGCUUUAAAAAUAAAAGCAAUAAGAAUUUAAAAAAAAA